UGACGUCAGUCGUGACAACAGUGGGGUCCCGUCAGCCGUGGGAAUCUAUUCACGACCAUAGGAUAAUGUGGGGGAGCACUUAAUAAUAUGUAACCUAUGGCUGCAAAUACCGGGGACACAAAAAUAUGUCAUUUUUGUUUUGAGCUUCUGCUUGUUCUGACAGUAUUUCUUCCGUUUUGUUUUUGUGAGUGUUUUUAGUGCUUUCAAACCUUUUAUAGCUACCUAAGUUUCACAACCUUUUUGGAAGCAUUUGAAACACACACAUAUUUUUUUUAUUGUAUGCAUGUGUUGCUGGAUGUGAUGGAACUCAUGUUUGCCGAGUGGGAAGACGGAGAAAGAUUUUCUUUUGAUGAUUCCGAUAGAUUUGAAGAAGAUUCUCUUUGCUCCUUUAUUUCUGAAGCAGAAAGCUUAUGUCAGAACUGGAGAGGAUGGAGAAAACAGUCUGCUGGGCCCAACUCCCCCACCAUUAAAGUAAAAGCAGAUGGGCAGGUGAUUCCCUUGGUAGAGCUGUCAGCCAAACAGGUAGCAUUUCACAUUCCAUUUGAGGUAGUGGAGAAAGUCUACCCACCAGUUCCAGAGCAGCUACAGUUGCGUAUUGCCUUUUGGAGCUUUCCAGAGAAUGAGGAAGACAUCAGGUUGUACUCCUGCCUCGCAAAUGGCAGUGCUGAUGAAUUCCAAAAAGGGGAGCAGUUAUUCAGGAUGCGAGCUGUCCGAGAUCCAUUGCAGAUAGGUUUCCAUUUAAGUGCUACAGUGACUCCUCCUCAGGUGGUCCCUCCUAAAGGGGCAUAUAACGUAGCUGUGAUGUUUGAUCGAUGUCGGAUCACCUCCUGUAGCUGCACUUGCGGGGCUGGUGCUAAGUGGUGUGCCCAUGUUGUUGCUCUUUGUCUUUUCAGAAUACACAAUGCAUCAGCUGUUUGUUUGAGAGCACCUGUUUCAGAGUCGCUUUCUCGACUUCAGCGUGAUCAGCUUCAGAAAUUUGCACAGUACUUAAUAAGUGAACUUCCCCAGCAGAUCCUUCCAACAGCACAACGACUCUUGGAUGAAUUGCUCUCAUCUCAGUCCACUGCCAUAAAUACUGUGUGUGGAGCUCCUGAUCCUACUGCUGGUCCGUCUGCCUCAGAUCAGAGCACCUGGUACCUGGAUGAAUCCACCCUUAGCGACAAUAUUAAGAAAACACUUCAUAAGUUCUGUGGGCCCUCUCCGGUUGUGUUCAGUGAUGUGAACACUAUGUACCUUUCAUCCACUGAACCACCAGCCGCUGCAGAAUGGGCAUGUCUUUUGAGACCUCUCAGAGGGAGAGAACCUGAGGGUAUCUGGAACCUACUGUCCAUAGUCAGGGAGAUGUUUAAGCGUAGGGAUACCAAUGCAGCUCCCUUGCUGGAGAUCCUUACGGAACAGUGCUUGACAUAUGAACAGCUAACUGGUUGGUGGUACAGUGUCCGAACAUCUGCUUCUCAUAGCAGUGCUAGUGGUCACACUGGGCGCAGUAAUGGCCAGUCUGAGGUGGCUGCUCAUGCUUGUGCUAGCAUGUGUGAUGAAAUAGUUGUCCUUUGGAGACUUGCUGUUUUGGAUCCUACCAUCAGCCCUAAGAGGCGCAUGGACUUGUGCACACAACUCAAGCAGUGGCAUAUGAAGGUGAUUGAGAUUGUGAAGAGGGGACAACAUCGCAAAUCACUCGAUAAGUUAUUUCAGGGAUUUAAACCUGCUGUAGAAGCCUGUUACUUUAGCUGGGAAGAUGCAUAUCCCCUUCCUGGCAUCACUUACAGCAGUACAGACAAAAAGAACACUUUCUGCUGGGCCAAAAUUAUCCAGCGCAAAACCAGUAAAACACAGAACAUAGAAAGUGGUGGGGAGGCUGCCUUUGCAGCCAGCAGACUACAGGGACAAGAGACAUCAGGGACAUCACAGCAGCCAGGAGAAAGAUAUCGUCCAUCAGCUCAGGAGUUGACAGUCAGGCCCAAGGAUGGCCUGGGGAAGAGGAAAGCUACCUCAGAUUCUUCUCGUGGCAGCUUGGUCCGGACUGCUUUAGAAAGUGAAAAGUGCAUCUAUAAGUCUAUGAUAGACAAAGUGAAACUACCUCAGGGAAAGUCAUCUGUAAACAAGCAUGUAGGAAAACGAAGGACUAGUAGUGAGGACAGUUCUCUUGAGCAUGACCUUGCAGAGUUAAACAUAGAUGAUGGCAACCUUGCUUUGGGAGCAGAAGCCAGCAAUACUUUUAACUUUGUUGAGGACUCUGCAACUAAUUAUAAAGAAGCAACAUAUGAUAAUGAAGGAGAGGGCUACUUUUCUGAGGAACUUGUUUGCAACCCCAGCAGACCAGUAUCCCCUACUAAAACAGAGAACGACCAAAUGGUGGGUAUUGGAAGUGGGGAUGAGGAUGAAGAGGAAGAUGAGGACGAGGAGGAGGAAGAAGACCCUGAUGGACUUAUUGAUGGUGGAGAGCUGAUUUUAAAGACUUUAGAAGCUGAAGAAGAGCAAGAAAAUGGUGAUGCUGAUGACUAUCAGGCAUAUUAUCUUGAUUCACAGGAAAUGGGUAGGGAGGAAGAGGAGGAGGAAAAGCUUGAAGGUGCCAAUGAAGAAGAACCAGAUAUUUUUGCUUGGAUAAAACCUUUGGAGCAGGAGAACAGGAUGGAGAUUCUUUUUGCCUGUGCAGAAGCUUUGUAUGCUCAUGGUUAUGGUACAGAAGCUUGUCGACUUGCAGUCGAGUUAGCUAGAGAUUUACUAGCUAAUCCUCCAGAUCUAAAGGUGGAGCAGCCACAGACAAAGGGGAAGAAGAACAAAGUUUCCACAACAAAGCAAACAGCUAUUGCUACCAACACUUUGUCAAAAGCAGCUUUUUUGCUCACUGUUCUGAGUGAGAGGGUGGAGUAUCAUAACUUGGCCUUCAACAUCGGCAUGUUUGCACUUGAGCUACAGAGACCCCCAGCGUCUACAAAAGCUUUGGAGGUGAAACUGGCAUAUCAGGAAUCUGAAAUUGUAGCAUUACUAAAAAAAAUCCCUUUGGGUAGCACUGAGAUGAACACCAUUCGAGAGAGGGCUAAGCAGUUGAGAGAUGGGAACUUCUGCGAUUACAGGCCUGUGCUCCCACUUAUGCUCGCCAGCUUUAUUUUUGAUGUCUUGUGCAUACCUGUUGUAUCUCCCACUGGAUCCAGGCCUCCUAGCCGAAAUCGAAAUAAUGAGAUGCCAGGAGAUGAAGAGCUUGGAGUCAUGGCUGCUGUUGCAGCACUAGGAAUGAAGACAACUGUGAGCGAAGCUGAACAUCCUUUGCUAUGUGAAGGUACAAGGAGAGAAAAGGGAGAUCUAGCUCUUGCUUUGAUGAUCACUUACAAAGAUGAUCACACAAAGUUGAAAAAGAUUCUAGACAAAUUACUUGAUCGAGAGAGCCAAACUCACAAACCUCAAACUCUGAGCUCCUUUUACUCUUCCAGUAAGCCAGCAGCAGUUAGUCAGAAAUCCCCCUCUAAACAUGCAACUCAGUCACCUACUGCUCUUCAGACGAUUGCAGGAGCAUCAACAUCUCAGCAAGCUAAUGCGCCGCCUGCUGUUCAUACCACCCCAGCUGAGAGCUUUCCGGAGAAGAGUUUGCAUGAAAAUGUCCAGAGUACCACCUGUGAACCUCUAGCAACAGAUUCCACAUCCUUCAAGCAGGAAGGCAAAGUACCUAGUAGGCUGGCACUUGGUGGUCGUGGGGCAUACAAUGGACGAAGUUGGGGUUCACCAGUUCGACAGAAGAAAAAACACACAGGAAUGGCAAGUAUUGACAGCAGCGCUCCAGAAACUACCUCUGACAGUUCUCCCACCUUGAGUCGUCGUCCUCUACGUGGCGGAUGGGCUGCUGCAACCUGGGGCCGUGGACAAGACAGUGACAGCAUCAGUAGCUCCUCUAGUGACUCAUUGGGGUCAUCCUCUUCCAGUGGCAGCCGAAGAGCCAGUGGUGGUGCCAGGGCAAAGAAUGCAGAUGUUGGCAGGUAUAAGGGAAGAAGACCAGAGAGCCAUGCUCCCCAUGUCCCCAAUCAGCCAUCAGAAGCAGCUGCACACUUUUAUUUUGAACUGGCCAAGACUGUCCUCAUAAAAGCUGGUGGGAAUAGUAGCACCUCCAUUUUUACUCACCCAUCAUCUAGUGGGGGACACCAGGGACCUCACCGUAAUCUUCAUCUCUGUGCCUUUGAGAUUGGCUUGUAUGCCCUAGGACUGCAUAAUUUUGUCUCUCCCAACUGGCUGUCUAGGACAUACUCCUCCCAUGUCUCAUGGAUUACAGGUCAGGCAAUGGAAAUUGGCAGUGCUGCUCUGAAUAUUUUGGUGGAAUGUUGGGAUGGUCACUUGACACCUCCAGAGGUGGCAUCAUUGGCUGAUCGUGCUUCACGUGCCCGAGACUCUAACAUGGUGAGAGCAGCAGCAGAACUGGCCUUGAGCUGUCUGCCCCAUGCACAUGCAUUAAACCCUAAUGAGAUUCAGAGAGCACUGGUGCAAUGCAAAGAACAGGAUAAUCCAAUGUUAGAGAAGGCAUGCAUGGCUGUUGAAGAAGCAGCAAAAGGUGGAGGUGUUUACCCAGAGGUUUUGUUUGAAGUGGCUCACCAAUGGUAUUGGUUAUACGAACAGACAGUGGGUGGACCCCAAGCUUCACGAGAAGGAACAGCAACUUGCACUGCCAGUGGUACCCGUGGAACUUUGGAAAUUACAAGGGGAAUGUCGGAAACAGGAGUAAUAACAGAACCUACUGCUGUGACUGUUACAGCUACAGUGACUGCUGCUGCCACUGUAGUACCAGUGAUCUCUGUGGGAUCAACUAUAUACCAACAGCAUGCCAUGGCGGGAUCAGCUAUUGCACAUCCACAUGCCCAAGGACUGCACCCAUACACCACUAUUCAGACUCAUAUCCCAUCAGUAUGCACCCCCCAGUACAUGGGGCAUCCAAUUCCACAUGUUCCCCGUCCUACAGUAUUUCCUGUUGCAGGAAGUCCAUUUCCACAGGGUGUACACCCAGCAUUUCUUGGACCUCAGUAUCCUUACUCUGUAGCAAGCAGUCCACAUCCAUCCCUGGCUGCUACAGCAGUAACCUUUCCAGGUGUUCCAGUGCCAUCAAUGACUCAAAUCACUGUGCAUCCCUUUCACACUGAAACUGGAUUGCCACUGUCUUCAAAUGUAGCAGUAGGUACUGUACACACUGGCUCAACAUUUCAGGCUAUUCAGGGAACGUCUUUACCUCCAUUGUCAACACAGACCCCUUCACUAGUGCCAGCUGGUUUUCCUUCGGAAGAUGAACAGCACAGCCAGCCAAUAAGCCCCCAAGGUCUCCACUACCUUCACUCCGCAUAUAGAGUUGGAAUGCUGGCGUUGGAGAUGCUGGGCAGAAGAGCACACAAUGACCACCCUAACAACUAUUCUCGAAGCCCACCAUAUACAGAUGACGUGAAGUGGCUGCUUGGUCUAGCCACCAGGUUAGGUGUGAACUAUGUGUACCAGUUCUGUAUAGGAGCAGCAAAAGGAGUGCUGAGCCCAUUUGUCUUGCAAGAAAUUAUAAUGGAAGCACUACAGCGGCUUAAUCCUGCACAUGUCCAUGCUCACCUGCGGACUCCUGCAUUUCAUCAACUUGUUCAGAGGUGCCAGCAAGCCUAUUUACAGUACAUCCAUCACAGACUGAUACACCUUACCCCAGCAGACCAUGAUGAUUUUGUUAACAUCAUUCGUAGUGCCAGGAGUGCAUUCUGCUUGACACCUGUGGGCAUGAUGCAGUUCAAUGACAUCCUGCAAAACCUGAAGCGUGGGAAACAGACCAAGGAGCUGUGGCAGCGAGUUUCUUUGGAAAUGACUACUUUUUCUCCAUGAUGCCAGCAUCCACCCCUCAAUGCCUCAGUGGUUAUUUGGAUUACACUUCUUUUUUGUGUUUCAUAUGAACACCCAUAUUUUUAAACCACUAGUUGCAUAUAAAUCUGCUGUGAUAUUUCUCUUCCAGAAGGUGUUUUUAUUCAGUCUUCCUUUUUUCAUUUGGUUGCGAAGGGGAAGUGUAUUAAUAACUAAAGGCAUGGAAGGGUUUCCAGAUAUGCUAGUAGUUUACGGCUGUAACACCUGAAGUGUUUGUUACAAUGAUGGCAUCUGCUGUCUUUUUAACCUUGUAAGCUGGUGUUCUGAAAGACUACUGAUAUUCAGUUAGACUCAGAUUUAUAUUCACUUGGGGACACUCCAGACUCCUUCAGUGGAACAUGACCUAAUUAUGCAGGACUUAAACACAUUUUUUUUCCUCAUCUGAAGAUGGGAGAUAAUUUUAAGUUAGGCAUCUUAUCUCACUUUAAAUUGUCAUUGUUUCUGUGGGGGUUCAUUUUCUGCUGUUAUGGAAGAAGUAUGCAGAGAGAUACUGAUGCAUUUGUGCUAGCAAGUUAAAUCUACCCAUCUCCUAAUAUAGAACUGAGAAAUGAUUACUCGACUGGAGGUAUCUGUUCAAUGCUGGACACCACGAGGAAUCGUUAGUCUUUUUUUCAAUUUUGCAGUUAUUACAUCUGACUCAGAUAGGUUUAUUUCAAUUUUGUAAAAGAAACUUUGGAUUUAAAGUGUAAGAUUAAAACAUUCGAGUGUUUGA